CAUGCAGAAUGUACUUGAAGCUAAAAUGCGCACCACCACACGUUAUUAAUUCCAAACCAAUAGAGACUAUAUAUCAUAUAUCUUACAUAUAGAAUAAACAUCCUGCAAUCUAAAGUAUUCGAAGAUGGUGAUCUGUUAUAAACAGCUGGGAGAAUAUCAUUUCUUUCUUGUUUUGCUUCUCAUUUCAGUCCAAUGCGUUAUUGCCGCAAAUAACAUUUUGAAGCCCGGAGAUACACUGAAUACGAGAAGCCAGCUAUGUUCAGAAAACAACAUAUACUGCAUGGAUUUUUCCCCAUUAAACACAAAUCCUAUUGUAAACUACACUCACUUAAGCAUCAGUGACAACAGAAAGGACGAUAAUUCCGCAGUGUGGGUUGCUAAUAGAAAUCAACCCGUUGACAAGCAUUCUGCAGUUCUGAUGCUAAACCACUCUGGUGUACUCAAAAUUGAAUCAUCCAAAGAUGCCAAACCCAUCAUCCUUUUUUCUUCACCUCAACCACUGAACAACAACAACACCGAAGCCAAGCUGUUGGAUACAGGUAACUUUGUGGUGCAACAACUUCACCCCAAUGGAACAAACACUGUGUUGUGGCAAAGUUUUGAUUACCCUACUGAUACUCUUCUCCCUGGGAUGAAGUUAGGAGUUAAUCACAAAACUGGUCAUAACUGGUCACUUGUUUCGUGGUUGGCUGUAUCCGACCCCAGAAUCGGGGCAUUCAGGUUCGAGUGGGAACCCAUAAGAAGAGAAUUGAUCAUCAAGGAACGAGGAAGAUUGUCCUGGACAAGUGGAGAACUCAGAAACAACAAUGGAUCCAUUCACAACACCAAGUACACGAUUGUCUCAAACGACGACGAAAGCUACUUCACAAUUACAACAACAAGUUCAAAUGAACAAGAGCUUAUAAUGUGGGAAGUAUUGGAAACUGGGCGGUUGAUAGAUAGGAAUAAAGAAGCUAUUGCAAGGGCUGAUAUGUGUUAUGGUUACAACACAGAUGGAGGGUGCCAAAAGUGGGAGGAGAUACCCACAUGUAGGCAUAGCGGUGAUGCAUUUGAAACCAGGGAAGUUUACGUCAGUAUGAACAUGCUAAACAAUCUAGGUAAUUCGAGUUAUGGCCCAAGUGAUUGCCGGGAUAUUUGCUGGGAAAAUUGUGCUUGUAAUGGAUACAGAAAUUACUAUGAUGGUGGAACUGGUUGUACUUUCUUGCAUUGGAAUUCAACCGAAGAAGCUAAUUUUGCAAGUGGGGGCGAAACGUUUCAUAUAUUGGUCAACAACACCCACCACAAAGGUACAAAAAAGUGGAUAUGGAUAACUGUAGCAGUAGUUGUUCCAUUUGUGAUAUGUGCUUUCAUUCUAUUUCUGGCCUUGAAGAAAAGAAAACAUCUGUUUGAAGAGAAGAAAAGAAAUAGAAUGGAGACUGGGAUGUUGGAUUCGGCAAUUAAAGAUCUUGAAGAUGAGUUCAAGAAGAGACAAAAUCUAAAAGUAUUUAAGUAUACUUCAGUACUGUCGGCAACCAAUGAUUUUUCACCAGAAAACAAGUUAGGACAAGGAGGCUUUGGACCAGUUUAUAAGGGAAUCCUACCAACUGGGCAAGAAGCUGCUAUUAAAAGACUUUCAAAAACAUCUAGACAAGGGGUUGUGGAAUUCAAAAAUGAGCUAAUGCUCAUAUGUGAACUUCAACACAUGAAUCUUGUACAACUACUUGGAUGCUGCAUUCAUGAAGAAGAGAGGAUUCUAAUUUAUGAGUAUAUGCCAAACAAAAGCUUGGAUUUCUAUCUAUUCGAAGAUUGCACUCGAAGCAAGUUACUAGAUUGGAAGAAGCGUUUCAACAUAAUAGAAGGAAUUUCUCAAGGAUUACUCUAUCUUCACAAGUACUCGAGACUCAAAGUCAUUCACAGAGACUUAAAAGCUAGUAACAUACUUCUUGAUGAGAAUAUGAAUCCAAAAAUUUCUGAUUUUGGAUUGGCAAGAAUGUUUGAGGAACAAGAAUCUACAACAACUACGAGUAGGAUUAUUGGGACAUAUGGUUAUAUGUCUCCUGAGUAUGCUAUGGAAGGAAUUGUUUCUGUAAAGUCUGAUGUUUAUAGCUUUGGAGUGUUGGUCCUUGAAAUUAUUAGUGGGAGAAGAAAUACUAGCUUCAAUGACGACCGCCCGAUGAAUUUGAUAGGACAUGCAUGGGAGUUAUGGAAUCAAGGUGUGCCUCUACAAUUAAUGGAUCCAUCGCUUAAUGAUUUGUUUGAUCUCAAUGAAGUGACAAGAUGCAUUCACAUUGGUCUCAUAUGCGUAGAAAAAUAUGCAAAUGAUCGACCCACAAUGUCUCAAAUAAUUUCAAUGUUAACAAAUGAAAGUGUAGUAGUUCCCUUGCCUCGAAAACCAGCAUUCUAUGUGGAAAGAGAAAUUUUACUCAGAAAAGCAUCUUCCAAAGAGUUAUGUACAAACUCUACUGAUGAAAUUACUAUUACCUAGCUUGUAAAUAUAAUGCCUGCGGCAUAAUAUUCCUAUAUAUUUUUGUUUUUAUAAAAAAAAUUCAUUUUAGAAUGAUUUCCUU